UUUUUGUUUCUAUGAUUUUCUUUUAUUUUUCUCAAAAUUAGGAAGAGAGGUGAUUAGUUUGUAAUUUUAUAAGUUUCUUUUAAAGUGCUUCCUUAUUUCUUUUGAAUUAGGAUCUCGAAAAAAUCUGUAUAAAUAUUAUUUGUUGGGUGGUGACGAAGUAUAAAAAAAAAAAGUUUUGUGAUAGAAAUUAGUCGUCAAGUUCCAAAACCCUAAUAAGAAAUAGAAUAAUGGAGGAUCAAAAUCAGACGAGUUUCACAUUUAUGAUAGAUAACUUGUCUGACAAGAGAAUAGAAUCACCAAAGUUCUUAAACGGCAGCUAUGAAUGGGUUGUUGAUGUUUAUUCCAAAGAGGAAGACCACAAGUUAAAUGUGUACCACUUCCUUAUGGUUGCGAAUCCUGAAUCAUUGAGACCUGGAUUCAUAAUACGAGUUAGUUUCUUCUUCGUUAUGCUGAAUCAAUCAGGCAAAGAGUUAUACAGAACAAAAGAAAUGUGCAAAUUGUUCUGCGAUAAGGUCUGCGAUGAGGCCAAGGGAUGGGGUUGCUACGAGUCCCUGCCUCUUGAAUUCGAGACGAAUAAAAUCAUCCUAAAACUCGAAAUCGUAAAAGUAGUUGAAGUUGUUGAUUGGAAUGAGAUGAUAGAAUUUAAUGGUUUCCAGAUUCAUUAUUCUCAGAUUGAACCAGUUAAUUCGCUUUUCCUGGAUCACCGGGGCUUUACACAUAAUUUCCGUCUAAAGAACAAAUUAUUGAAGACAACAUACAUGAACGUCCUCCUUGCUCUCGUAGAGACACUGAACAAGCCUCAACAUAGUUUGACCGAGACUGAGCUAAGCAAUGCUCGCAGCGACCUGGUCGAGCUAACAGAAGCAGGUUUCAAGCUAAACUGGUUAAAGACAAUGCUUGAUGAGGUUUCCUUUGAUGGGAAUAAAGGAAAUUUUGCUGAUCAUGGGUCACAAGUCGAACAACACAUCAAGGAGAAGGUCGAGGCUGCUAGAGACUGGCUCGAGGGUGCUAUUCACUCUUGGAAAGGACAUUUGGGAUUUGUUCAUCUUCGUAAUGAGAAAAUCGACUGAAGAUUAAUACAUUUUAAUUUAUUUCUUUUUCCAUAUAUAUAUAUAUAGUUUCAUGGAUCUCAUAUUAGUUGGAACGAUCGAACCAAAGAGUUUUUUUAGUCAAGUCAGAUUCAUAUUGCGUCUAAUCCCAGUGUCCCAUGCGUCAACCAACCUUAUUUACAUAAUUAACAUAUAUAACUCUCCCAUGUCUCUCUAUAGACUCCAGUGUGUAUCCCAAACUCUCAAGUAAGUUCCGUCUCCAUCAUCUUUAGCUACUAGAAAAUGGCUUAUGGUUUUAGUGUUCUCUUUCUCUUUGUAUGCAUAACCCUUUUUUUUGGGGUUCAGGUGUUACCGUAUCUUUCUCAAUUCACAUGGUGCUUGGUGAAUUGUAUGGUCAAGUGGCUGAAUCAGACGAUGUGAUUCGCAAGCCUUCUUUAGUCGCUUGGCUGCAGUCACUGACCUACUUGUGCUCUAAUAAAUGGACUCAAGGCUCAGCUUCUGGACCGACGAUAGACACUUCUAACUAGUUGGCUGCUCGGCUCUAGGAGUCUCCUCAUAGUUUUGCAAACAUGUUGAAAUAGAGAAUAAAAAUGUUUUCCUUGUAUUUUGUUAAAGCUUGUAUGACAAAAACAAACAGCAGUCAACCCGGUUAGAUAUAUGAUUUACGGUUUUAAUUAAUUUGGUUACAAAGAAGAACCGAACUAAAACUUAAACCGAUAAAAAGGCCACCGGUUCACGGUUCUGUCUGAAGAUUUACGGUUAGUUUUCUGUCUUAGAAUGAGUUUGAAUUGGGAUGGCUAUCUUUUUUUUUCUUGACUCUUUUUUUACUUACGCAGAGUUUGUGUCAUAGCUGGAACGAUAUCUCCUAUUGAUGUCAUAAAUCAUGUUCCCUGUCUUGUGUGAAGAGUCAGGCAUUCCUUAUGUCUAUGUUCCCUCAAAGGAGGUAAAAAGCUUACCAUUUGAUUUCUGCAUUGAUUCUCAGAAUUAAAUAUUUGAAACACAACUGGUAUACAUUAUAACCUCUUUAAAUCAAUACUCUAUAAAUUAAUAUAUACUAAAAAUUUCUAUAAAAUAAUAAAAUUUUAUAGUCCUAAAUUACGUUUUUAAUUCAAUUAGUAUAUCGAUAAAUUAAUAUUUCUAUAAAUUAAUAAAAACUUAUACAUUACUAAUUUAUAGAAGUUUCCUUGUAUAAUAUGAGGAUCAUAAUAAUAUAACUGUACUUAUAUAUAGAAAACAAUAAAUCAUUUUUGUGAUAUACGUAGCAAAGAUGAAUAUUUACGUCUAAUAGGAAUUUAAAAAUUAAUAUUUUAUGAAUUUUGUCAAAUAUUUCUCAAACUAAUUAUUAAAAAAAGUUUUCUUGAUAUUUGUACUUCUCAAUAAAUAGUAUGGACAUCUUUUUGUAACCCAAAAUUUUAUUAUAUAAUAAAUUCAAAUAGAUGAUAAAUAUAUAUAUAUAUAUAUAUUGAUGAGAUCAAGAUGUGACGAAGUAUUAAAAAAUUUAUAUAUAUAUAUAUAUAUAUUGAUGAGAUCAAGAUGUGAUAAUUACUUCAAAUAUUCGGAAUCUUUAUCUUCUUUUCUUUUUAUUUUGUUUCUAUAAUUUUCUUUUAUUUUUCUCAAAAUUAGGAAUUGAGGUGAUUAGUUUGUAAUUUUAUAAGUUUCUUGUAAAGUGUUUCCUUAUUUCUUUUGAGUUAGGAUCUUGAAAAAAACUGUAUAAAUAUUAUUUGUUGUGGUAAAAUAGGCUGUAUACGGCGGGUAGUGACGAAGUAUUAAAAAAAAAAGUUUUGUGAUAGAAAUUAGUCGUCAAAGUUCCAAAACCCUAAUAAGAAAUAGAAUAAUGGAGGAUCAAAAUCAGACGAGUUUCACAUUUAUGAUAGAUAACUUGUCGGACAAGAUAACAGAAUCACCAAAGUUCUUAAACGGCGGCUGGGAAUGGGUUGUUGAUGUUUAUUCCAAAGAGGAAGACCACAAGUUAUAUGUGUACCACUUCCUUAUGGUUGCGAAUCCUGAAUCCUUGAGACCUGGAUUGAUAAGACGAGUUAGUUUCUUCUUCGUUAUACUGAAUCAAUCCGGCAAAGAGUUAUACAGAACAAAUGAAAUAUGCAAAUUGUUCUGCGAUAAGGUCAGUGGAUGGGGUUGCUACGAGCCCCUGUCUCUUGAAUUCGAGACGAAUAAAAUCACCCUAAAGCUCGAAGUCGUAAAAGUAGUUGAAGUUGUUGAUUGGAAUGAGAUGAUAGAAUUUAAUGGUUUCCAGAUUCAUUAUUCUCAGGUUGAAUCAGUUAAUUCGCUUUUCCUGAAUCACCGGGGCUUUGAAAUAAAUUUCCGUCUAAAGAACGAAUUGUUGAAGACAACAUACAUGAACGUUCUCCUUGCUCUCGUCGACACACUGAACAAGCCUCCACAUAGCUUGACCGAGACUGAGCUAAGCAACGCUCGCAGCGACCUGGUCGAGCUAACAGAAGCAGGUUUCAAGCUAAACUGGUUAAAGACAAUGCUUGAUGAGGUUUCCUUGGAUAGGAAUAAAGAAAAUAUUGCUGAUCAUGGGUCACAAGUCGAACAACACAUCAAGGAGAAGGUCGAGGCUGCUAGAGAUUGGCUCGAGGGUGCUAUUCACUCUUGGAAAGGACGUUUGGGAUUUGCUCCUCUUCGUAAUGAGAAAAUAGACUGAAGAUUAAUUUAGUUUUUUUUCCAUAUAUAUAGUUUCAUGGAUCUCAUAUUAACUGGAACGAUCAAACCAAAGAGUUCUUUUUAGUCAAGUCAGAUUCAUAUUGCUCUAAUCCCAGUCUCAUGCGUCCACCAACCUUAUCUACAUAAUUAACAUAUAUAUAACUCUCUCAUGUCUCUCUAUAGACUCAUGUGUCUCUAUAGACUCGAGUGUGUAUCCCAAACUCUCAUGUAUCAAAAUUUUAUUCUUAGUUCUUGAUGUAUUAGGAUGAUAAUAAUUAUCACUUAUAGAUUGGCACAUACCACUUGAAAGAUAGUUCAUCUUUUUAUGCAAACAUUGAAUUUAGAAAUCCUGUUUUGAAUGCUAUGUAUCAAAAUCUUUUCAGUUCAUGAUGUAUUAUGAUGAUGAUGAGAUUUUAGAUAAUUAUCACGUUAUAAAUUGACACAUAUCCUUUGGAAUAUAGUUCAUCUUCUUUAUGUAAACAUUGAAUUUUGAAAAUCCGAUUUUGAAUGCUAUGUAUCAAAAUAUUGUUCUCAAUUCUUGAUGUAUUAGGAUGAUAAUGAGAUCUUAGAUAAUUAUCACGUUAUAGAUUGACACAUACACAUUGAAAUAUAGUUCAUCUUAUUUAUUC